UAGACCAUUGAUAAGAAAAUGCAUCGUACAAACUUUGGACUAUCGCCUGCGGGGUAAAAGACAUCAUACAUGCGCAAUCCUGAGCUCUUUUUCGCCCUCCCGCCCGCUUUCUCGGCCUACGCAGCUGCACUUCUAGGGGCUGGAUCGGCCAAUGUUCCCGGCAGUAAUGCAGUGAAGGGACCACCACGCCCUUGACCUACCUCGCGUCUCGCCUCGACGAUCAUCGCGAGUACGGCAGACACUCCUGCGUCCUAUGAGGAGCGAAGUAAUAGCAGUAGGUGGGGUCCCACGGGGUCUGAACUGUGUGUCGUUGAACCCCACCGGCGGAGUCGCUCCCGAAAGCCGAUGGCACCCGCCUCCGGGAUCGGUCCCAUCCGAGAAGUUCAUCCCUCCCGUGCCGUUUCCUCCUGCCGACCGAUUCAUUACACCCAAGAGCUCCCAUCUGAAAGGAAAUCAAUCGCCGCGGUUAAAGCAAGGUUAUAGGAGUCAUUUUUGUGCAACGCUUGUCUGCGAUUACAACAGCAUCCCACAAGAUCAUCAGGCCGAAAAGAAGGUUUCCCAACACCGCCCGCCGAUGGCAUCCCGCCUGCAUGCCGUCACCCCACCCCCUAGCGAGCCAGCCACCAGCAUGCCAGCCCAACGGCAAAACACGGGCGGGCGGGGCGGCGGUCCCGGCUACUUCACGCGGAGUUGCUGUUAGAGGCAUUGGCGCGCCCGCGUACCUUACACCCAAGGCAUGGAAACGUAAAAGGUACUCUGUACAGAGGGUGUGGUAAUUCGCGCACCACAACUCAACAGUUAAAGUAGGUACACAACGUGACAAAAGGAACAUGUGAACGAAACUUGCUCAAAUCUUCGAGUCCAUGUGUCGUUUGGAAUGGGCCGUCUCUGAGUGGCUGCUGAGGAGAGCUUAACCGCCGAUGUAGGAUUGGCCUGCGCCGGUGAGGCUUUACCUGGGCUCCGUAUCUUUACUAGAGUACUCGCAACACACGGGCGUCGGAUCCUUCCUUGGCAAGCGUCAUGUGACUACCACGGAGGAGACACUCUCGUUCACUUCAGUAGGGGUAUUGGAAUGGUG